AUGACACUAAUUGUCAUCACAAUCAAGAAUGGGUUUGCGUAUCUCCAGGGCAAUUCCACCAACCAGCUUCAUCUCAAAGUGACCAAAAUUAUUCCUGCUUCAUGCUCGAACGAAAAAGUGGGCCCGAAGAAGUGGAAAUCUGAGAAUUUUCCCGGAGGCCAAUGGAAUCUUCCAAAGCUGUGGUUCUUGACAGUCUUCUGUUUCGGUGUGUUUAACGACCUACAUGCUCUCAUCCCUCUAGACUGCAAGUUCCUGGCCUGGAGUGGGGUUGACUGCUGGACUUACCAUUAUUCUUCCAAACCUCUACCAUGGGAACAUGCGAGGCGGUUCUGUCAGAAGCACUACACAGAUUUGGUGGCUAUUCAGAACAAGGGAGAGAUUGCGUACCUGGAAGAAAACAUCCCCCACAGCAAGAGCUACUAUUGGAUAGGCAUCCGGAAGAUUGGCGGGGUCUGGACUUGGGUGGGCACCAACAAAUCUCUCACCAAGGAAGCAGAAAACUGGGGUGACGGGGAGCCCAAUAACAAGAAAACCAAAGAGGACUGUGUGGAGAUCUACAUAAACAGAACCACCGACUCAGGCAAAUGGAAUGAUGAUUCCUGUCAGAAACCGAAGAGAGCUCUGUGCUAUACUGCCUCUUGUCAAGCUUUGACCUGCAGUGGCCACGGGGAAUGUGUGGAGAUCAUUAAUAAUUACACCUGCAACUGCAACCCCGGGUUCUACGGGCCGCAGUGUCAAUACGUGGUUCAGUGCGAGCCUCCCCUAGUCCCAAAGCUGGGCGCCAUGGACUGCAGCCACCCGCUGGGGAACUUCAGCUUCAGGUCGGAAUGUGCGUUCUCCUGCCUAGCGGGAGCCAUCCUGACGGGAAGCGAGGUGACUACUUGUGAAGCAACUGGAAUCUGGUCUACCCCGACACCGACAUGUGAAGGUAUGCCUUCUACACCUCCGAUCCCUCAGGAAACUGCUCUCUAUCCUACAAGCUCUGCUACUUAUUCAUCGCAGCCCAGAGGCAGCACAGCAUCUCUCUUUGAAGGCACAACUGACAAUGAAAUCAACUUUACUCUAGAUCUCGCAAACACGAUGCACUGCGAUGAAGUGAGGGCCCCAGAGCGGGGCUCGAUGGUCUGUUUCCACGCCCUGGGAAACUUCACCAUCCACACCAAGUGCGUGUUCACCUGCUCGGAUCACAGCACUUUAGCAGGUGCCAGAGAGAUCACCUGCAGGGAGCAGGGGCAAUGGACGGCCCCCGCCCCGACUUGCGAAGCUUCAAAUUCUGUUCUUUCGAGCAUUAAGCGGGGUGAAUACCGACCCAUCUUAAUUCCACUGGGAAUCACAGUUGCUGCACUGUCUGGUUUGGCAUUUACCAUUUGGCUGGUAAAGCGACUAAAGAAAGGCAAGAAGUCAAAAAGAAGGGAGGAUGCGUAUUAAAUCACUGCCGAGGAGACAAAAUCCCGCCAACACCAAAGAGCCACCCGCGGGGAGACUAGGACGGCGUUGACGUCACUGUCUUCACCUCUGGAGUUCGACUACCGGUGAUGGGGUGAACCAGGCCUGGGCAGUUAUUCCUUCCACCAAGGAAUUUUGUGUUCAGCCUGUCCCCCCGAGUUGCCACUGGUGCCACCGCCCACAGAGCCCUUUGCUGUGUGUAGCCUCUGUCGCUGAACCUGUAUCAUAGCCGUAAAGAAAACUCGC